ACACGUCUCCAAUGAACGGUCAGACUGUUACAGAACAGCUGUACACCGACAAAGACGCCCUGAACGACCCUGAGCUCAAUGGCCACGCUCUCCGCCCGCGCUCAUCCACCAUCCGCGCCAAGCACCUCCCUCAUGCCCCUCUUUCCCUCCCCCUCGACCAGUCGCUACCGCUGACAACAAUACCUACGACUACGUCCCUGGAUACGGCUAGGCCUGACGCGACGGUACACGAUCUGUACCAAACACCCGUCACUCGCUCAGAGACCACGUCGACCAUCCGGCCGACCGGUCACCGCGCGAACACGUUCCACACACUUCUGCAAACCGAUACCUCGUCCAAGAAGCCCAAGUCCAAGCCAAAUACUGACACCAGUGAUGCUAGGAGACCCAGCAGCUCUCACUCGACCAGGUCGAACCGUUCGACCCACUCCAACUACUCCAACCCGGACGAGACACCCAAGCCGAGCGCGUUCCUCCCCCGCGCUUUCACCCUUGCUCCCAGCUCAGACUACCAUGUUCCGCCUGUCCCUCCUCUUCCCACAGGCUCAUCAGCGCACGUGCCGCCGUCAAGCAAGCCGCGCUUCGGGCUCGGCCAGCUCCUGCCCAAACAUGCGCUCUUCCUCGCUCGUGUGAACAUUCACCAACUGUCCAGCGUCCCGCUCGUGAGCGGUGAAUUCGGCGUGCGGUGGCGCGUCAAGGGCGUCACCAACCCGUCCAAGGCUGGCUUCGGGAAGCCGAAGCGGACGCUGAAGAAGAGCGCGACUGCCCCUGCGGGGCAGGUGACGAUCGAGGAGAACGCGUUAGGAGAGGAAGAGGGCGAGGAUGCGGCGGAUGCGGGGUUGGGGCAGGUGUCGCCGCGCGGGAGCUCGUCAGAUGGGAUGAGUAUGCGCGAGCUUGAACCGGGGCCCGGGCGCCACCACGACGAACACGAGCGGGGAGGCUCGCCGUCGAUGUCGGAUGCGCACAGUAUCGCAGCGUCGACUAGCACGCGCUCGACGUCAAACUCGUACGGACAAGGGCAUGGGCAGGGGCCCGGAGAUCCCAGCCCGUUCAUGUCCAUUCCCUCCGUCGUCGUCUCCGCGAGCAGCCCAAUAUCCGCGCCGAAUUCUCAUCCUUACCGUCCGCCGUCCUCGCUGCACACCGUCAGCACACAGAGGACUGCAAGCAGCGCGACAUCGUCGUCCGCUGCCUCUUCUCAUACACCCGGAAGCACGCCUGGGUUCCGCAAUCUGCGCCACCUCUAUCCGGGCGCACCGAGGAGCGCCACUGCCGCGUCGCUCGACUCGUCCGUGCUUGCUCUUGCGGCCGAUUUUUUUCCAACAGCUACUAGAGGGGGAGCACAGAACUCAGACAAGCCGUCGCUCGUCACGAGCGCGCCGUCCCUUGAGGAAUUCGCGAGUGCGAAAGGACAUACGCUGUUCGGGCCCUUGAAGGACCACGCAGUCGAGUGGGAGCAGACGCUGAACUUUGUCUUGCAGAUGGGGGUUAAGAAGGGGAAGGACAAAGGCAAAGAGAGGGAGGAUAAGGUCAAGGCCAAGGACAAGGGCAAAGGAAAGGAAGAGAAGGAGGUGGGCGAGUUGGCGGACUGCGAGGCGCGGUUUGUUGUUAUGCAGCGCGUCGUCCCCGGUGACCCGAAUGCGCCUUCUAAUCCGCGGCUUGGCGCUAUCACCCUCAACCUUGCGCAGUACGUCGACGCGGGGAGCGUUACGCGCCGGUACCUGCUCAGGCAGAGCAAGACCAACGCCGUGCUCAAGGUAACCAUCCAGCUCGAGCACAUCGGCGGCGAGACCGCGUAUGUCGCGCCGCCGCUGCCCAAGGGCGAGAUCCUCGGUGGAGUCGCGGGGCUGCUCGACAACGACGUGUACCGCACGCGCCCGCGCGACAUCUACGUCGGCAGCACCGGCGGCGCAUGCUCGUCCUCGGACGGGGAGUCCCUGUCGGCCUCUUCCGGCGGGGGAGGCACCCCGUCCAAAUCGGCGUUCGCGUCGUUUGGCGAGCUCGGUCAUCCCUCGCCGGCAGGCGGCAAAGACAAGACAGGCGGCAGCGCGUUCUGGGGCGGCCUGGGCGAGUGGAGCAAGGACGUGCGUGCGCAGCGGAGGAAGAAGAAGCGACGAAAGCAGCAGCGCGAUGCGCAUGGGAAUGCGGUGCGCACGCGGCCGUUUGAUCUGUCGAGGUUGCCUGAGGUGCAUGGCGUGAGAGCGACGGAGCGGCUCGUGGAUGCGCUGUUUAAUCCCGUGGCGACGACGGGGACGACGGUGUCGCCGUUUACGUAUUAUGUUGGCGGGAGCGCGUCUGAGGACGAGGACGAUCUCCACGGUGCGGAUGCGCGCAGUGUUGUUAGCGUCAACAACGACGGCGCGGGUCUUGGUGUAGGCGGGGAUGCAGAUGGGGACGGAGGGACGGGAAGCGCGCUUGAGGACGCGGAGAUCAUGGACGAGCACGAGAAGGCAAGGUGGCGAUUCGCGGCGUCCGCCGAGGAUCUCACGUACGACGCGGACGACAACGAUGACGCCGUCGGGGAUAGACUCGGCCCCGGCGAGGGCGACCGCCGGCGCCGGUGGUGGAUGGUGCGUAACAGAUCCGAAGACGCGCUCUCGGCGCUGUUCCCCGCGGACGACGCGAGCUCGUUCCACACCGCGCGCACGAGCACGAGCCGGACGAGCACAAGCGGGCAGCGCCCGCCGUCGUCGCUGCGCCGGCGCAAGCCGGCGCCGGGCGAGCUCGACGAGCUCAGUAUCUAUGGUGGUCAGCGCGAGAACGGGGGAGGAGAGGAGAACGUGGGCAAGCGGCCGUGGUGGCGGAAGAUGCUCCGCCAGAAUGGGACCGCGCUGGAGAGCUCGACGCCGAGCAUCCACGUCCAGACGCCCAGUAUCUCGAUGCCGCCUUCAAGGCCAUCUACGCAGUCCCUGGCUCCGCCUUCGCUCACCUGAUUUCUCGGAGGGUCCGCAUCAAUUCCUGGUUCCACUGUCAUGAACAUGACGCGCCAGACGAUACCCCUGGUCCCCGGCCGUCUGACCUACUCUACGCUACGCACCGUCUAACGAAACUCAAUGUGGAUAUCUAGAGGAACAUAAACUAUCACGCAUACAUACUCAAACUCAGCAUGCAUACACGGCAUCGAUUACCGUAUCUCACUCUUUCUUGGCUUUAAUUCUCGCGGAUUCUCUUACCCUAAUUGCUCCCAUUUUGCUUUCGUUCUUUUUGUGGAUUUCUUUCUUUCUUUCCUUCUUUCUUUCUUUGGUUUCUUUCUUUCCUUGGUUCGUUUCUCUUCAGGUCGUCACAGCCUAUACUCAAUAGAUUAUUACGGCAGCAGUUGGUUUUGCAUAACGUCGUGGCGGGUCAGCUUGGAGGUGUUCAUCUUUUAUUAAACUUGGGGUCCUUGGAUAGAUGUUUGUCUACGAAUAACAUCGACGACGCUUAGUGACCUUCGGACAGCAUCGGACUACUCGCGGAGGAUGUUUUCCGGAAAACACCGAGAACUCCAGGUUCACGCGCACGCGUCAGUGUUGCCUUCCGUUGUUGCUCUCAACAACACUCUCAGCGU